AUGAUAGUUCCCCCAACAUCCAUCACUUGUCGAGCUGAGAGCAGAAAAAUCGGUUUGGUAGGGUGAACCUCUUUGGCAGUCAUGGAUACUUACCAACAGUAUCCGUCCCAAAUGUUGAUGAAUUGGGGAGUUUAUUUGACUGACCAAGGAGCCAUGCAAGGGGGACAGGGCGUCUACUCGGACCCCUGGUCUAACCCCGUUUCGACAGUAAACACGGUCAACACGGUCACAUCUCUUCUGAAGAAUGGCCAAACUAUAUUUGGCCAGGAUUGGAAUACGGUACCCAUCAACGGAUACAAUACUCACCCCUAUACAGCGGCUCUGCCUGCAGCUGGUUACGAUAACAUUAACGAGCUGGCGGAUCAGUUCUGCGAGCUGUCGCUAUCCGUUACCGACAGAAAACCCAAUAAACGUCCACCCAGCACCUACCUCUGUCAUCUCUGUUUUACCAAAGGUCACUUCAUCAGAGACUGCCCUCAGGCCAGACCAAAGGGGGAAGGACUGACACCCUACCAAGGAAAGAAGAGAUGUUUUGGCGAGUACAAGUGUCCUAAAUGUAAGAGGAAGUGGAUGAGUGGCAAUAGCUGGGCCAACACAGGACAGUCGUGUAUCAAAUGUAACAUCAUGGUAUACCCGCACAAACAGAGACCCCUGGAUAUGCCUGAUGGACUGGAUGUUUCUGACCAAAGUAAGGUCCACCCUCAACAUCUGUGUGAGAAAUGCAAGAGUCUGGGGUUCUACUGUAGGAGAACUACAUAAAAAUCACAUGCUUUCGAUCUCCUCAAAAUAACCUAUCUCUUACUUCCCCAUUAAAGUCUAUAUAUACACCAGUAUAUACACCUCUGUAUGUGGUGAGAUUGACGAGUCCAUACAUUUUUUGGAGUUGGUUUAUUUUUUAGUAAAUAUAUGUUAUAUGUUUUUAAAGUAAUCCCCAAAUCUUUUUGAAUGGAUUUUUUUAACAUUUUACACCUUUGUUAAUAACUUAGAUUUAGAUUUUUUUUUAAAAGGAGGGAACAUGAUCGAAACUAAAGUCAAUCAUCUUAAAAAAAAAUGAGAAAUAUUAAAAUUGAAAAAAAUAGAAAAAAAAUACUUUUGAAAAAUAGUUAUUAAUUAAUGACUUUUAGGACUUUCCUUGUUUUCUCAUGUAAUGUUCCAUAUAAUCAAUAAUCCAUCUAGUCAUAUUAAUUUACUAGUAGUAAAAAUCCCAUUAAGGGAGGCAACCUCUGUCAAUGUGGAAGAUCCUUGUGAGAAUGUCUGUUUCAAUCUUGAGAAUUGCCAUUUACAUGGAAUAUGAUAUAUAUGAAUAAUUUUCAUACCUUUUGACAUUUAUAUAUUAAGGAUCAGAAUACAAAGGUUUCUGAUAACCAUUUUGCUUAGAACUUGACUAAAUUAAUUGUCAUAUCAAGUUAUCAACAACAUAUGUCCAGAUGGUUUGAAAAAUUCACAUACCAUGAAAAUGCAUUACAUAAUAUUCCUAUUUGAUGAUUUACAAUUAUUUAAGUACCGGGGGUAUUUGCAAAUAUUUAAAUAUGUAAAAGUAUUUGAAAAAAAAAAAAAUUAUAAAUUUUUCAUGAAAAGAACUUGAAUAAUGUAUGGUAAUUGAAUUAUGUAAUAAACUUUGUACUUUGAAAUUGUAAAAGUAUGAAUCUACCCUUUGAUAUUUUGUAUACUUUUUUCUACUUCAUUUUCCAAUUCAAAGGAAAAACCAUUUUUCACCAUAAAAAUCUAUGCCUAAUUUAAGGCUACAUAUUGACACAUUUGUCAAAAAUUGUUGAUGCACUAUAUGCUAUUUAAAAGUUGAGAUCUGGGAUUAUUGCACAUUCCUGAUGUACAGGAUUCAAUAUAAAAAGAAAAACGUUAAUGUAUAACAUUUACAUUAGUAUCUGAUUAGCAUUGUCAGGAAAAAACAAGAUUCAUAGCGAUUAUAAGAUGCUUCCAAAGGCAGCUGAGGCUUGGUUAACAACCGUGCAUCAAAUAUCCAUCUUUUGUGUUGAAACUAAGUGAUUUGCUGUCCAUCUAUGAUUUACAAGAUGUCAAGUAUAUAAUAAAAUUUGAAGAAAAAACAGUCCUGUAUGUAAAUGAACUUUAGUUAUAAUUAACUGGGUCAGUAGUUUAGUAAACAAAAUGUUAUAUUGUGAUAUAAGGAAGGACAUGUAUGUAAAUUUGGGAACAUAACAUAAUAUGUCAGCUUUAUAUAUUAGGAAGACGAUUGAUUUGUAUAUUGUAGAGGAUUUGCUUUGUAAACACCAGAGCUAUUUGUAUAUAUUUGCUGUGGGUUUUAUAGUUUUUAUUUGAGGUUUCAUAUACUUUAAACAUUUCCAUUGUUGUGGUUUAUUUGUGUAUGGUGUAGAUAAUGUAAUAUAUUAUUUAAGUUUUUCUUUAUUUAGUUACGUGUAGGUUUUUUCUUUCAUACUUCAUUUUUGUACCAAAGGAAUAGAAUGUGAUUAUGUGUAUAUAGAUUGAAUUGUGAGUUUGUCUCUCUAAGCCAGGCAGGGAAUUGUAAGCCCAGAGACAGUGUCCUAUCGUGCCAAACAAGAUGUACUUAUAUCAUUUUCAAUUUCUGCAUGCUAUUUGUUGUGAAUUCAUUGCCAUUAAAAUAUAAUCAAAUUUU